AUCCCGCUCCCUGCUCUGGAUAUGCGGCCCUCCGGUACCCGGGACUCGGCAGCGCUGUGCGCAGGCCUCCUACUACUGCUCGGGGCCCUCCUGGUGUCUGCAGAGGAAGGCCUGGGCCGGGGAUUUGGAGAUCAUAUCAACUGGAGGACUCUAGAAGAUGCAAAAAAGGAGGCGGCUGCCAGCGGGCUACCGAUAAUGCUUGUGAUCCAUAAAACCUGGUGCGGAGCCUGCAAAGCAUUGAAGCCAAAAUUUGCAGAGUCCAAGGAACUUUCAGAAUUGUCGCAUAACUUUGUGAUGGUCAAUGUCGAGGAUGAAGAGGAGCCAAAAGAUGAAGCUUUUAGCCCUGAUGGUGGAUACAUUCCUCGAAUUCUUUUCCUGGAUCCCAGCGGUAAAGUUCGUCCUGAGAUUAUAAAUUCCAGAGGGAACCCAAGUUACAAGUAUUUCUACAACACAGCUGAACAAGUCAUUGAAGGAAUGAAGGAAGCCCAGGAGAUAUUAACAGGGGAUGUCUUCAGAAAGCAGAUGGAUGAGUUGUAACCCCGCAUCAGGAGCUGUGCACCAACUGUGGAGUGUAAAUGGUCAUCUUCCUAACAAAAACUAAAAA